UGGAGCGUGCCCGAUGUUAUUUAGUAAAUGUCAUAAAUUAUACACAUAUAUGAGUAAAUGUUUUUCAAUAUGUUAUAACCAACGUUUAAUAAAUAUUUUACUUUACCUUCAGUAUUUGUUUAAGUAAUGGUAAAUCUAUUUAAAGUACAUUGUAAAAUGUUUAGGAUAUUAAACGUAGUCAAAAAGACAGACGUGAUAUAUCCACAAACAUUUGAUGCUGUUAAAUAUCGAUGUUACGCAACACAUAAGCGAUUCUAUCGACGCACGGACAUUGUUCAAAACGAAAAAAGCUGGGAGAUAACCUUAGACCAUCGACGUUUGAAAACUCCAAAUGGCUGCGUUUUAACAGUUAAUACUGAACCUCUCGCUCGAGCAAUAGCUGCAGAAUGGGAUGCCCAAACGGAAUAUAUUGCUCAGCCCACAAUGCACUUGACCGCAUUAUGCAAUACUGCGUUAGAUAAUCCUGGAAAACUCAGUUCUCAUGAUAUUGCUAGUUAUUUGCUGGAUUUUAUUGCAACGGAUACCUUACUCUUCUAUUCAGAGGAAGAAGAAUUGAAAAAAUUACAAGAGAAGAAGUGGGGCUUGGUACUGGAAUGGUUUAAUAAACGGUUUCAAGUUAAUCAAGAAGUUUCUAAAGGCCUUGAGCCUCCACCAAUAGCUACUGACACCAGAGCUGCUUUAGCAAGACAUUUUCUAUCAUAUGAUUUUCCAGCUCUAAAUGCUAUGGUCUUUGGGAUUGAAGCUCUCAAGUCUCCAAUACUCAUGCUGGCAUGUGUUGAUAGAUAUUUAGACCCAAAGGAAGCUGUCUUGUUAGCUAGAUUAGAAGAAGAAUUUCAGGUAAUGCGAUGGGGCCGGGUCCCGUGGGCUCACGAGCUCAAUCAGGCGGAGAUGACUGCCCGUGUCGCCGCAUCUUUGCUGGUUAUACACAGCUCAAGUGAGCGACAUUCUGCUACUAAAAAGUCGAAAGGAGAACAUAAUGUUUGAAAGCAUUAUUUGUUGUAAAUGAAAAUGAAUGUAUCGUAAAGUAUUUCAGAAUUAUAUUAAAUAAAAUUUUACGUUUAUUUUA